GAAAGAGUAACCGGACUGGCCCAGCAACACCUUCCAUCCGUCUUCGUGACACCCGCUUAUGAGAGACAACGUCCCGCAACAUCGAAUUGCAGGUUCUAGUGACAGGAAGGACAUACUGUGAUUCUUGAUCGAGAUGUGGCUGUCCUACGUGUUACCUAAGUCCAAUCGAAACAUGUUGAUGGCCUUGCUGCUGUCAGUUGUUGUUGUCAGCCUCGACGCUAGUGCCACCAAAACACGGCCGGACUCUUCAAAUUCGAUUGUUGAUCGAUUCCAAAUGGAUAAAGACCAACUCGCAUCAAUAACGGAUGGGCGAUUAACGUCCAAUCAAUCGGAUAACGGCAUCAGUCAGCAAGAUAAACAGUUGGACAUUGAAAACAACAGGCUAAUGAAUUCUACGAACGACCUUGAGUUGACCGAUCAAGUGGACUGGAGUGCCGUUUGGCCUUACUUCAACACCGGAUGCCUCCAAUGGCUGCCCCUCAAUCACGUCUAUUUCCAGGUAGCCAACGGCUUCCUCUUCCUGUCUUAUCUGGCUCCUGCGGGACUCUACGGACUCAUCUACCUGCGAGUAACGUUGGCCAUCGGUUCGGCUUUCUUGUCCAUCUGGGGAUGGAUCAUUAUUUGCGCCUUUGAUACGUUUCUGUGGAACGCUUUCUUCUUCUUUAUCAACGCUAUUCAUGCUCUUGUGUUGCUGUUCUCACUGAGGCCAUUAGCAUUGGACGACCAGGUGGAGCAGAUGUACAAAAGCCUUUUUCGGCCGUUGAAAAUGUCGAAGCAACAGUUCAGAAAAGUGGCCGAAUGUAUCAAGUCCAUCCAGCCGUUGAAACGAGGCGAAUACUUUGCCGUGGAGCAGGAAACAUGUGUGGACACACUUUCUCUUUUGCUGUCUGGAACGGCGUUGGUUAUUGAUAAAGGAAGAACACUCUACGCUGUCUCUUCGAUGCAAUUCCUGGAUUCGUCCGAAUGGUUUGAUGUCUCAUCUUCUGACGUCUUUCAAGUGAGCAUUCAAGCUUGUGAAGAAUCGAGAGUUUUACUUUGGCAUCGCGACAAGUUGCAAUCGAUCCUGCGAAAAGAUGCGUUCCUUCAAUCUGUUUUCCACCAAAUCCUCGGUCAGGAUAUGGUUAAAAAGCUCAAUGAAGCCAACCGGAAUACGAAAAUAGUGAAAUCGAAAUGCUAUCCUGAAGUCAACCUGGUCACUAAUGGAGCGUACAGCGAAAAUGGGAAAUCGAACAAUCGCAAACCGUCAGAAAGAGUGCGUGAUCACGCAGGAUUGGUGCCAUCGGAGCAAUUGUCGCUUCUGAACGAAACGAUUGCCAAGACGAUUCCCUACCAAUCGAAUGCUAAAAGGCCGUAAAUACUUGAUUAAUGAUGCUUAUCUCUUUCCACGUAGUUAAAUUUAUAGCGAUGCGAGAGGAAAUCGUUGUCCGAUGUUUUCAAUGUUUUAAAGGUUCAAUUUCCAAUAACAGCACAGUCGAUGCUCAAAAAAAUUGUAUUUAAAUAAAGCCCAACACCUGAUGCGCCUAA